CGCUGGGGUCACCCCCCCCCGCCCCCUCCCCGCUCGCAGGAACUAAACCCCACUUCGGGUCACCCAGGACCUAACUGUAGAGAUUUCACAUAUCGGGGUCCCCCGUGACCCCGGGGAUAGGAAGCCAUCACCUCGAGUUGAAACCCCCCCAGCCCCCACUGCCAACUCCAAAGCGGACUUCGCUUUAAAAGUGAGGCUGCGGACCCUACCCCCCCACCGCUCUGACCCCGCUCAAGCCCCGCCCCUUCCUGGUUGUCUUAGCGACGGCGGUGGCGUCCCAAGAUGGCGUCGUGGCUGCCGGAGACUCUGUUUGAAAUUGUAGGACAAGGCCCGGCGCCGAGCAAAGACUAUUACCAGUUGUUGAUCACCCGAACUCAGAUCAUCUUUAGAUGGUGGAAGAUUUCUCUGAGAAGUGAGUAUCGAUCAGCAAAACCUGGAGAGACAAAGGAAACUCACGAAGACUUCCUAGAUAACUCUCAUCUCCAAGUUCAAGUCGCCAUAGUAUUUGGUGCAAAAAUAUUAGACUAUGUCUUCAACCUGUGCGAAGGUAAAUUUGACUACCUGGAGCGACUGAACGACAAGCUGCUGCUGAAGAUCAUCCGCUACCUGGACCUGGAAGAUAUCGCCAGGCUCUCUCAGACAUCAAGAAAGUUUGAGAAGUUGUGCAAGAGUGACUCGCUGUGGGAACAGAUAGUCCAGUCCACCUGUGACACCAUCACCCCUGACAUGCGGGCCCUGGCGAACGACGUGGGCUGGAGGCAGAUGUUCUUUACUGACAAGAUCCAGCUCCAGAGGCAGAUCCGCAAGAAGAAGCAAAGACAGGAAAAUGAGAUGGGGAAGCAUAUUUAGGGGACAGCUGUUCCCAACAGUGGGGCCACAGUGGUCCAACUCUUCUUCCGGUCCAAAUCAAACUCUCUCUCAACAACAGGUUUUGCUGAUUCCAGGCAUCACUUGAAAAAUCAAAUUUUGCACACACAUGUAAAUCCACCUAGUGCCUUGCUUGAGCAGCCUCCCCUGAGUUGCUCAGGCCAACCCAUGGCUCAAGUACUAAGGGCUUCAAGACGGGAAGUCUCUCAGACCACCACCUCCCUCAUCCCCUUUGCCCCUGAGGAAAGAGGCACCUGUUGUGUACGAACUAACAAUAAAGAGUUAUUAGCA